CCAAAGGUAACAUUAUAAACUUUCUUGGUCUAUUUGCCAAAUUAAAAUUGUAAAAAAAAAAAUGUAUUUGCCAACUUUGAUUUUGAUUGGAAAUUAACAAAAUAAACAAAACACCAAAAUUUGACAAAUUGUUGAUAAGGGUCAUUUUCCUUAUUUAUUCCUUUCUCAUUAUUCUCUCUACUUUUAAUUGCAUCAACCCUCUUUAGAUCUAUAUUUGGGAGACAUAAAGUACAAUGAAUGUGAAUGGCAAUGCUAACGAAUUACCCAGCAAAAAGUGGAAAUUUCCUUUUGUAGUUUUCUUCAAAGAUGCAAGACUUAUUUUCAAGCUGGAUGCACUUUCUAAAGAGAUAUUAGGGAUUGCACUCCCCUCUGCCCUAGCUGUUUCUGCUGAUCCCAUUGCUUCUCUCAUUGACACAGCAUUCAUAGGCCAUUUGGGAGCGGUGGAACUUGCUGCUGCAGGAGUUUCAAUUGCAUUAUUCAACCAAGCUUCAAAAAUAUCUGUAUUUCCCCUUGUUAGUGUUACAACUUCUUUUGUAGCUGAAGAAGAAACUAUUGAAAGGAUGAAUAUCAAAGCAGCUGAAAAUGAUAGUAAUAAUAAUAACAAUAAUAAGAGUAAGUUGAAUAGUGAAGUAACACCUGAGGAUCAUGUGCAUCAAGACAUAGAGAAAGGGGCACUCAAAGAGAAUACUAAAGAGGCUCCAAAAGAAUAUGAUGUUGGCAACAAUGAUAAGACUAACCGAGUUGAUGCUAAUAAUAAGAGUAAGGACAUAGUUGUGAAGAAGAAGAAGAAGAGACACAUUGCUUCAGCAUCAACAGCACUACUUUUUGGCUCAAUUCUUGGCUUCCUUCAAGCUUCAAUUCUUAUAUUUGCUGCCAAACCUCUAUUACGUGUCAUGGGUGUUAAAAAUGGUUCUCCAAUGCAAGAGCACGCAAUAAAGUAUUUGAUAUAUAGAUCAUUUGGUGCUCCUGCAGUUCUUAUAUCAUUGGCAAUGCAAGGAAUAUUUCGAGGAUUCAAGGAUACAGCAACUCCUUUAUAUGUCAUCCUUGCUGGAUAUUCAUUGAAUGUGAUAUUGGGGCCAAUAUUUAUUUUUAAAUUAAAAAUGGGGAUAAGAGGAGCAGCCAUUGCACAUGUUCUCUCCCAGUACACAAUGGCAUUCACCCUCUUCUUCAUAUUAAUGAAAAGAGUGUAUCUCCUACCUCCAAGAAUUAAGGAUUUGCAGAUUUUUCGGUUUCUUAGAAAUGGAGGUCUAUUGAUGACAAAGGUGAUUGCAGUGACAUUCUGUGUGACUUUAGCAGCAUCAUUGGCUGCAAGGUUAGGUCCUAUACAAAUGGCUGCAUUUCAAACUCUCCUACAAGUUUGGUUGGCAUCUUCCCUUCUUGCAGAUGGUUUAGCUAUAGCUGUUCAGGCAAUCCUAGCUGGUUCGUUUGCUGAGAAAGAUUAUAACAAGACAACAGCAGUUGCAGCAAGGACACUACAAAUGGGUUUUGUUUUAGGGGUGGUGCUCUCUUUGGCUGUUGGAUUUGGUUUAUACUUUGGAGCUGGAAUUUUUUCCCAAAACGCUCAUGUUAUUCAAUUCAUUCGAAUCGGAGUUCCAUUCGUAGCUGUUACUCAACCGAUCAAUACAUUAGCAUUUGUGUUUGAUGGUGUGAACUAUGGAGCUUCUGAUUUUGCAUAUGCCUCAUAUUCCUUGGUAACGGUGUCAUUGGUAAGUGUUGCUGUAGAGUUCUUUUUCUAUAGGACCAAACAUUUCGUUGGAAUAUGGAUUGCAUUAUCCAUUUAUAUGACUCUUCGCAUGUUGGCUGGUGUAUGGAGGAUGGGAACAGGAACAGGACCUUGGAGCUAUAUCCGAGGACGAUAAUUGCAUUAAGAUAGAUAACUUACUUCUUUUGAGUGCUCUGUUUAUAAGUCCUUUUUGUUAAUCAUAUGUUUGUAUCCUUAGAAUGUAGAUUUGGGGUGUUGGCUAUAUUUGUUUGUAUAAUGAAUUAUUCUAAUAUAAUUCGAUUGAAGUAUUUCUUCUACUCAUAGUUUGCUUUGAUGGAUAAAAAAACGUGUUAUUUAAUUGCAA